AUGUCACCAUCCACCCAACAGAACCCAAAAACCUUAGAUUUGAACAAUCUCCCACUGUUUGAUUUGACUACUUUCAAACACGAUUCUAUUACUUAUCAUAAAGAAGACUCAACAUACUGGUUUUAUGAAAAACUGAAACAGUCAUUCCCAGGUCAAUCUUUUGGCUUACAAGUUGAGCAAAUUUUAUACCACACACAAUCUCAAUUUCAAGAUAUCUUGAUUUUCAAAAGUACCAAUUUCGGAAAUGUGCUAGUAUUAAAUGGAAUUAUUCAAUGUACUGAAAAGGAUGAAUUUGCUUAUCAAGAAUUAAUCACACAUUUACCAAUCAUGUCUCACCCAGAUCCUAAAAAAGUUCUUGUUAUCGGUGGUGGAGAUUGUGGAGUUAUUCGUGAACUUGUCAAACACGUCAAUGAUGGAUCAGUUAAAGAAAUAACCAUGGUUGAAAUAGAUGAUAUGGUUAUCAAAUUACUGACAAAGUUUUUACCGGAAAUGGCCAAGUAUCACAACCAUCCAAAAUUAAAUUUAGUCAUUGAUGAUGGGUUUGCAUUUUUGAAAAAUGCAAAAGAGAAAUAUGAUGUUAUCAUCACCGACUCAUCAGAUCCUGAUGAUGGACCAGCAGAAGAAUUCUUCCAAGUCAACUAUUUUAAAUUGUUAUUAAAUGCAUUAAAUGAAAAAGGGAUAGUUAUUAUGCAAUCACUGGAGAAUAUAUGGUUGAAUUUGAAAUAUUUAGGUGAUUUGAAAUGCAAGGCUUCGGAAGUCUUUAAUAACGUCAAAUAUGCACAAUGUUAUAUGCCAAGUUACACUUCUGGUCAAUUGGGAUUAUUAAUUGCAACUAUGGAUACUGCAAAGGAUUUAACUAAUCCCUUGAGAAAAUUCUCACGUGAAAAAGAAUCGCAAUUAUUUAAAUAUUAUAAUCAACAAGUUCAUGCUAGUUCAUUCAUUUUACCAACCUGGGCUGAUGACUAUUUAAAUAAGAAUUAA